CUUGAAUUUUUAUUGCCUUAUAUGAAAAACCGCCCAAGAAGUGGUAACGUAAAUGAAAGCCAGAAUAAUAAAACAAACAGUACAAUGGAAGCUGGUAAUGCAAGUGAAAGCCAGGAUAUUACAGUUUCACAUACUGAGAUACAGGAAAAUACUGAUCAUGUUUCUAACACUGAAUCUAUACCAUCUACAUCUCACAGCUCAUUGUCUGAACAAAGGCAAAGAAAGAGGAAGAACGAUGAAUCUUUACAUGUUUUACUGAGAGAAAUUGAUGAAGAUUAUGAAAAGCGUCGCCGUGAGAUAAAAGAGAAAGAGACAGCUGAAAGGGAAUCAAGAAGACAUCCUUUAAAACUGUUUUUUGACAGUAUGAGCGAAACAGCCAUAAAGUUUCCAGAGUGGUUGCAAAGGGACAUUAAAAGGAAAAUCUUUACCAUAAUGUCUGAAGCGGAAGAUUCCCAUAUGGAUAUUCAACAUCUUCUGCUCAAUCUACUCCACGCUCCCAAGACACUCCAGUCUCCCAAGAUAAUCCAUACUUCCAAGAUACUCAAAACAACGAAGGCACUCCAUUCACCGAUACUACUUUCAAUUGAUAUCUUUAUCCCUCCCUAAUUUCUUAUAAUUCUCUCAACCUAAUUUUCAAUAAAUAUACCAAAGUAA